CUUGUCGAAUAUAGGCUUUGUGUGUUUCUCUGCGUCUUCGCCGACGAGCAAACCGUAGCGCCUCAGGUGUCGGUGUGCCCUGGUGAACUCUAAAAGAGCUUAUGAAUUGGAUAUGAGUCAAUGGUACUUGUGACAUAACAACAAACUUCUCAAUCUGUUCAAUGCUGAACCACUGGUUGCUUGCAUCAUGAUAACGUAACCUUCAUUUCAUUGACCACACAGAGCCUGUUGUGUUCGCCAUCGCAUUGUGCGUGCGAUAGCACUGCAUUCAUUCACCGCAUUCGGUAUCAUCCACCCCACCAGUCAGUCCCUCCCAUCCCCCCGAUCCGAUCCCCGUGAUCGACGCUGUGCUGUGCUAUGGUGCGAUGCUGUCUGUCCUAUCGACACACAUCCAUCCAAACUUGACGGAGGCAGGCACAAGAAAAGCACACACCAGCAUCCAUCACAUACAUCAAGACACUUGUGGGUGGGUGGCGACGGAUGGACACCGUUGUGACAUGUACGCCCACGCCUCGCUCGAUUGCUCGUCAAAACCCGACGGACACCGGGCCAGAGCCAGCAGCCUCUCUGCACACUACACUACUAAAGGCACAGAUUAGGUCUCUCUCUCUCUCUCUCCCUCCCUCCCCGCUACCCUGACCCGACCUUGCCUGCCUAUCGACAUCAUUCCCACUCAUAUACACACACGUACACAGACAGAUGUGCACACGAUUGAUUCACAAAGAAGGCUCGGUAGAUACAACGUCGAGCAAUGCAAUUCAGUGCAAUGACUGUAUGAUGUCAUCACCACCAGCCCCUGCGGCCCCAGCCACGGCGGUAUCCCCCGUGGCCCCAGCCGCCGAAGCGCCGGUAUCCCCCGUGGUAGCCCCUGCCGUAGAAGCGCCGGCCGUAGUAGCCCCGGCGGCCGAAACGAGAGCGGCCGAAAUAAGAGCGGCCGAACAUACCGCGGGAGCGUCCGAGCUUCAGACCACCAACUGACGAGCACGCAGACACACACAGAGAGGCCAAGAUGAGCCACAGGCGAUGCUGCUUGGUGGUCUAGCUGAUGACUGUCUGUGUACUCACAUAUGCCGAAGAGGCCCAGUCGGCGUCUGCUGGCCUGCUCGUCGGUGGCGGCCUCAUCGUCAUCGUCAUCGGCUGUGUCGGCCUCCUCUUUGCUGAGCUUCUCGACUUCCUCGUCGGUGAGGAACUCGUAUUCGUAGUCGCCGCUGUGGAUGACCGCACCCUUCUCGUCGACCAACGAGAACUCGCCUGAGUGAAUGGAUGGCCACAGACAUACAGAGGCACGGAGAGUGCGUGUCGGCCUGCGCCUGUAUGUGUGUGGUUCGUGGAUUGCUCACCAGGUUUGGCGAUGAGUAUGUGUCCGAGUGAGAGGUGGACCUCAGUCGUGUUGGUCGUCAGAUCACGGAAGACGCCCUCAAUGUUGUAGACACGCUCAGAGGCCCUGUCACCCAGCUGACAGCAAAAGGGAGAGGGACACAGAGAAAAAGGGAUGCCCAUCCGCCACUCAGUGUGUGCCUUCCCCCGUGGCUCGCUUACGUUGAUGUGGAGGGACUCCAUCUUUUGGAUCUCGUCGAGCGGGAGGAAGGCGAGGCCCUCCAAAGGCACACUGUCGAGUGCCUCGCUGAACCUCAGAGGCAUGCUGUCCUUGCGGCUGACGAGCUGCUCGUCGUCGGACACCGUGAUCUCCUUCGACACUGACGGACACACACACACACACACACAGAUGGACACCACACCCCUCCCACUUGCUGUCUGUGGCUGCGUACGCUGGAUGGCGGCCAGCAUGAGGCCGAACACACACGCGGCGGUCAGGACGAUGGCGCCCACGACGGCCAGCACCUUGAGUGCGAUGGUGCGCUUGGGCUUCUUGGUGGCCAACGACACCUGGGGGGCCUCCAAAUCACAAACCUGCACACACCAGCAGCACACAGACAGACAGACAGACAGACAGGCAGACACACAAGAAGUAGGGAUGGUGGCGGUGGGCAUCAGGUUGGGUGAGAGAGCCAUGUGUGUGUCAGUGGUCACCUUGCUGCCGAUGGGCUGCUGGGCGACGGAGUGGGCCAUGGCGACAAACAAACGAGAUGGCUGACGGGAGGAAGACCGACCAGGGACUUCGGGCAGAAGAGUGCUUGGCUGGGAUUGAAGGCAGAAGUUGGUUUGAACCACGAGGUUGAUGGAG